CCAGGCCUAAGUCGCAGUCAGGAGCUGGAUAGUGGAGUUGGGCGAACAGAUGAGAGCACUCGCAAUGAUGAAAGCUCUGAACAUGACCUUUUGGGAGAUGAACAAACAAGUAGUGCAAAUACACCAGGCAGCCAACGUCGUUUGCGUUUCUUGCGAGGAGACAACCAGCAUCCUCUUCAGUGUCGUGAAUUUCAUCAUAGUUUGGACUCCCUGCUUGCAGCUGAUGGGUCAGCACCUUACAAUGAAGUUCUUCCACCAGGUGCAGGAUUCACAGAUGAGGAGUAUGAGAGAUAUCGAGAACUGCUUGAAAUCACAUGUCACAUGGAAAAUGGUAAUGGACCAGCCUUCCUCUAUGCGUCACGACAGGGUGGAUUAGAUGUAAAUCGCAAUGAAAGUGUCCUACGGGAAAUGGCGGUUCUGGAAGAAGAGUUGAGACAUCUGGAAUUUAAGUUUCGCAAUGUUCUGCGUGCCCAAAAGAUGCAACAACUGCGUGAACGUUGCAUGAAAGCUUGGCUUCUUGAGGAGGAGGAGAGUUUUGAAAGUUCUACCAAGCUUCCUGACAUCACUGAAUUACCAGAGAGAUCAGACAAGGACAGUACCAGUGCAUAUAACACUGGGGAGAGCUGCAGGAGCACUCCUCUGAUGAUGGAGCCACCAUUACCUUUGGACAGCCCCUUGAGGAGAAACAACGAUCCUUCAGGAGCAGUUUGUCAAGCAGCAGAAAACCUUCCCUCUAACAGUAAUUUAAACAGAGGACAUGGCAAAAAUGUACCUUCAUACCCUGGUAGUCCAGAGUCAGUGCCAUCCAAAUUUAGAUCUUUGUGUCGCGAUGGAAGGCACCCAACAGAAGACAGGUUAAGAAGAGGAUCAAAACCAGGAAAUGAGCUUGAAAGGGGAAGCCGUGAGAGCAGUCCAUACCUAAGCAGACAUCAUCGCUCCCAGGGAGGGGAACGUUAUCGAAGCUGCCUACAGUUGGCCCAGCCAAGAAGUUUAGACGAACUGGAUGUGGACACCACAUGUGGAAAGAAUAUGGGUUCAUCACGAGGUGCUCACUCCCAAGCUGAACCAAGAAUGGAGUGGAAGGUAAAAAUAAGGAGUGAUGGCACACGUUAUGUGGCUAAACGCCCUGUAAGAGACCGCCUUCUAAAAGCAAGAGCCAUGAAAAUCAAAGAGGAGCGCAGUGGGAUGACCACUGAUGAUGAUGCUGUGAGUGAGAUGAAAAUGGGACGUUACUGGAGCAAGGAAGACAGAAAGAGGCACCUAAUGAGAGCUCGAGAGCAAAGAAAGAGGAGAGAAUUCAUGAUGCAAAGCAGACUGGACUGUCUACGUGAGCAACAGCAGCAGCAAGGUGCAGAAGGCAAGGGUGAAAUGAGCAUUAUUGCACUUUUAGUCACCGCAAGACAAUGA